CGCGCUCUGUAAAGUCACCAUUGCAGAAGAAGAAGCGCGGCGCAGUUGUCAACAUGUCUGCUGCUAACAUGGCUAGCUCGAACGUCAAAGAUGUAACGUGUGGUCACAAAUCAGACGUUGAUGUUUUACUUCACCCAGAGUUGUUAUCUAAAGAUUUUCUACUGCUUCUUCUGCGUGAGAAAAAGGUCAUGACGGGAGAAUGUGUGAAUCGAGACCAGCUGACGGAGCUAUUUGUUCGGCACGUGAUUCCAUUGCCUCAGCGUAAUCUACCCGACAACCGCUGGGGCAGGAGGAUGGAGAGGAGCCGAGCAAACGCGGAUCAUCAGCGUCCCUCUCAACCAUUCUCUCCAAAAAUCCAAAGUCCAGAUAGAAACACAGGAUCAACUGUCGACCGAUUAAAACCGCCUCCAGCUGUGAACAUGUCCAACCCCAUCCGCCGACUCUCUAGCAACACGCCAUCCUCUCCUACAUCGCUACAGAAUUCUGCCCGCGGCAGUGACAGUGUGAGCCUCAAGCGCGAAGCAAACAACUCGGGUGAGCUCAAGCCUCCGGAAGCCAAGAAGAAGAUCCAGCAUGUGACAUGGCCCUGACCCCGUAUCACACUGACUCAAUGACUGUCCAUCCUGGUGUCACUCAAGUACUGUUUCAACAGGAAUCUUACAGCGUCUACAUGUCCUCGGACCUGGCGCUGUUGGUUUUUAACGCCUUCCUUGUUUGACCUCUGAAGUGUCCUUAAAUCAUCCCACAUCUCUGACUCUACAUUCACUUCAAUGAAAUUAUGAAUUAGAAUUUGUGACAUCCUGGAAACCAACUACUGAUUUUCACUCUUCAUCACCUGUUCAGGAACGAAAAAAAUAUAUAUAUUUUCUAAAAUGUAUUGUUAUUUAUUAUUUUUAUUGUGUGUGUUAUCAUAACUUUUAAUACUGCAACUGUGGUACUAUAGUCGUGUAGUCAUGUGGUUCUUUAAAGGGAAUGUAACCUCCCAUGGUUAUAUUUUAAAACUGACUGAUCUAUCAGACAUCAAUAAAAAUACAAUUUAGAAUGCAGAAUUUUUAAGUGAUAACUCAUAAUAUGUUUUUCAGGUAUCCAUUACCUCGGUAUCAGUCUCUACGAGCUCAAUUGCUGAACAGUAACUGCAAUCUAAGUAUUAAUACCCUUACAUUUUCUUGUUGAUCCAAGAUUGGGUCGGAAUUUUCUUUAUUGCCACACUUUCUUGAGAUAUUCAACUAGGAAUUUUGCCACCGACGACCAAAGUCGUGGGGGCAGCAAUUGAACUGAAGCAGUCCAGACUUCUGUCCCCCCAAAAAUCAAGGUGUUUCCAGUUCAUCUAAUCCCACUUUAUGCAGGUCUGCCUUGGGGCCUCCUUGUUGGAUCUUGCUGACAACAGAAAGCGCAGUGCUGCCUUGUUGCCGUGGCUCGGACAUCAGAGUAUUUUAAAUUCAUAACAAUAGUUAACUUCUGUAGAACCGUUUUUCAUGAUUUUAUUGAAGCGAAAUGUUACAGUGACUGUUGAGUGUUUAAGGCCACUUGCCGUCGUAAAGUUUUAUUGUAACAUAUGGUAUGAUAUAUGGAUAUGAGAGCAGACACGGCAUCAUCAGUUUAUUCUUAAUGUGCUUCGGCUUGCUUUCAACCAACACAAGAUCUCACAAGAUUUCCAAUAAUUUGAUCACAAAGCCUCACUAAUCAAGUUAGUCCAUGCAGGGAGCAGAAAUAUUUCAAAGCAACUUGAAUGCAUUAGCAUUUUAAAUACUUCAUACAAAGCUAAAAUCUUUACAUAAAUGCAGCUAACUUCCAUUCUCAUUAGUAGCAUUAGAGCCUAAACUGCAACGUUUCUCCACGAAGGUCAUUUGCAAGCUCUUCUAUUUGCUUUUAUCUUCCCCAACAAUGUUGCUUUGCUUGUUUUUCUUUGUUGAUGUGAUCACUUAGUUGUCGAUUAGAUAUCUUUGCCGCAGUCUGGGCAGAGAAUAUCAUCGCGCUCAGUCAGGAAGCCACGGCCCACCAGAGACACAGAGCACUUCUUGCAGUUGAAGCAGUCGUUGUGCCACUGGCGCUCCUCGAAGGAGAUGUACUUGCUGCCGCCGAGACCUGAAAGGCAGAGGAAGAGUCAGGAAUGAGUCUCAGUCAUUAUUUCAGAGUGGGUACAGCAGAUUUACCGCUGAUGGGGGUGGUGCAGGAGGCACACUUCUUGGCGUAUAGGUUGCAGAAGCAGUUAAGGCAGUAGGCAAAGUCGUCUCUAGAGGUGAACCUCUGACCGGACAGCUGCUGUUUGCAGCUGGUGCACAGGAAACAGUCCUUGUGCCAGGGCUGGUCGCGGUAGGUCACUCCACCGGUGGUGAUGGGCUGGCGACACCACAGGGCAGAUUUUAGAAGCAGGUACAGAGAUUCAGUCUCAGAAGUUGGUGCAGCUCUCUCUACCUUCUUGCAUUGGAUGCACUGCAUGGCAAACUGCUUCUCGUAGCAGGGCACGCAGAAGUUGUGGUUGUCCUUAGGGAUGAAGCUCUUGGUGCCGAUGGGCUGCUGGCAUCUCUGGCACGUGAAGCAGGUCUCGUGCCAGCUGUUGCCCUUGUGCUCCAUCUUCCUGGAGCCUUUAAACACACACAGUUUUAUAGUUAUAUCAUCAUUGAUCCGAUGCUGACAAGAAGGUGAUCCAUGGAAGAGCUUGGGAUGAGGACUAACCCAGUGUUAUACUUAUGGGGCAUCAUAGCCAAGGACUAUUGAGGUCCAAUGCCCCAAGAGAUUCGCAAGAAGUUCUUGUACAUCCUUUCAAGUCCGAGAUAUACCUCUGUGUAUGGGAAUGAUGCGCUUUAGUGGUUGAUAAUGGUGGUCAGUGGGUUGGGCAUUGGUCCCAGGGGUCAUGUUGCCCUCCUGGGUUAGAGUCAGCUGGAUCUCCUGUUCUAAACUGAGUGUCAAAUGUUGACUUUUUAAUUUACUCAUAUCAUCUCGAUCAGUGUUAGUGUUGAGUCCCACUUCCUGUAGGAUGCUGUGGCUUUCGGGAAAAUAUAGAACUGAACCCGCAGCAUUAUCUGAUUCCAGUUUUACAACCACACUGUCUUUGGCACAAAAUGGACUGUUCAUUUUCACAUGACAAAUUUGUCAAAGCAGGUUCUCAUCGUCUACAAUCCAGACCCUGGUUAUGCAAGAAUUCCAUCCUGCCAACAUAUUUAAGACUCGUACAGUCACAUGUAACUGACAACAAAAGUUCCUCUUGGAGGAUCCUGACUGUCUUUAAUUCAGUUUUGGCCCCGUGAAUCGCAUCACGACCACAUACUCCACACAGGAAGAACUCAGAGUGAUUGGAUUACGUUGAGGGGGUUUUGCUCUACAGCGUGAGGCCGUGAGAGUCAUCAAUGUGGUGUACUACUGGCUAUUUUGGUUUACUGUUUAUAAUAGUUGUCGAUCAAUACCUACCCGGCAUGAUGGUCUUCUUGCACUCGUGGCAUUUGGAGGAAUAUUCGUUGGAGUAGCACUCGGUGCAGAGCAGCUGCUCGUCCUUGGUGGAGAACGGCUUGUCCACCAGCGAGCGUUUGCACGUGAAGCACUUGAAACAGUCUUCAUGCCAGUGACGGUCUUUGUAGGACAGAUCCUGUAAGAGCACGGCUUUUAGACAAACUGUAGUCAAUGAUGCAGACGGCAGGCAGGAUUGCUGACCCUGGUGUUGCAGCCGAUGGGCUUCUUGCAGUCCUCGCAAGUGUUGGAGUACAGGCUCUCGUAGCAUUUCACACAGUACGGAUUCUCCUCCCGCAGGACGUACUUCUUCCCGAAAAGGGAUUCCUUGCAGUAGUGGCAGUCGUAGCGCUCAGUCAUGUUGACCUAAAGGUCACUCACCUGACCGGAGAGGAAUACAUGUGUCAGUUAGUCAGGCUAGUCAGGCUCUUCGCUUUUCUGAACCGAUAUUGGUCUCAUGAAUGUCGAUUCCCAGAAACGUGUCUAUUCUCAGGCAGCUAUUGCUGAUCAGACUGAACGCGUUGCCUCAGCUAGCUCACUUGCAAUGUACAUUUCCUUCUUAUUAGCGAAGAACACACUGCAUUAAAAAACCAUCAUCCCUGGUUGCAGUUCCGCCGACUCACUUCUGGAUAAACUAUUUCCACUUUCCAUCCUUCAGGAUGCCAGUAUUGAAGGAACUAUCCAGGGCUGCACGCAACCAUCACUAGUCACCGCCAUGUCCUUUUCCUUGGAGGCUCAAGUGAGUGUAAUCUGACGUCCAUCCUUGUUGACUUAACGUCCCCUGGGUGAAGCUCCACGCCUGUGCGCCGGGUUAUAUUUAUUUAGAAACCCUAAACACCUGGCAACAUAACAAAGCCAACAUCUCUCGGCGGCUCAUCUUCUUCCCUCGGUCCCCACCAGGAGGUGACGGCUGAAGAAGCCAGUAUAAAUAACCCCUAUCAGUCCACUCGGGGUUUACGGGGCUGUCAGCCCUUGCCCUGCUGCAUACCACCAUGCCACCACAUGCUCGGCCCUCCAUCCCCUCACCUCCAGCUGUCAGCACCAGAUACCCCUUGUCAUAGCCAGCGCGGGUUUCACUGACACCGGUCAUAAUGGCAGCUGCUGGUGGUCGUCCUGUUAAGCCUCGCGGUUAUUCCACCUGUGUCCAAACAGUCACACUCUCCCAGGAUGGUGCCGUGUAUAAUUAUAUCUUGGUAAGUGGAGGGUAAUUAGGUGGGAAAUUGAGGAAGGGGAUACCGUCCUCUCCAGCCUCUUGAGGGUCUUCAAAGAGAGCAGCCUUGCUGAAACAUCAUUUCAAGUUUCCAAAUCAUAGUUUGUGUCUUAUCUCUCCGUCUAAGAUCUCAACACAGCCGAGCAGUUCAUCCCACUCUGUUUCAAUGCUCAGCUCCUUUUCAUCUGCCCAUAAGUGAAGGGCUGAAUCAGAGCUGUGCCACCUCCAGCGUUCCCCGCUCCCCUCCCACAUUCUCCCAUUGUCCGUCGCUCCCAUCAUGACUCACCUCAGCUUAAAUACGGAUUUAUCUGCCUCUCCAAAAUAAAAACAGCUAAUCUGAAACUGCUCAGACACGUCACGCAGCUGUUGCACUCUUGCUUUGAUGUGUGAUGGAAAGAGUCGGUGCCAGUGCUGUCAUCUGGGAUUGUGUGAAAUACAGGGAAGUCAUUGGCCAUUAUUUGACUUUUCUGGAUUUUUAUGGGCUCUGGUUUCGGGACCAUCAUUUGGCGAGUUGAUGUGAAAUAUAAUGGAUCAUUUAUCUCAACUUAUUAAUAAUUAUAAUUAAAGGUUGCUUUAAAUUAACUUAAACUGGUUUUAAACUAAAUUAAAUAAAACUUUUUUUCCCUUAUUGAAGUUAUUUUUAAAUAAAUGGUGGACAUCUGUCGAAACACUAAUAUUUUAGGGAAAUAAUUGCAGAUUUCAUUUUCAAGUCAAUGCACAGAAUCAUCAGGUAGCAAGGUCACUUAAAAAUCAGAUUUACAUUAGAGAUUUCAUAUUUAUUGGCAUAAAUACAAUACUAAUAAUUUAGUUUAUUGUCUUAUUUUACUGUUUUGAAAGUUGUUUUUUUUAGGUAAAAACAAAUAACCUACCGGUUAGCUUUAAACCAUUCUAAAAAUCCUGCUUGCUUGGUGAUGUUACUACCUCAGUAUUCAACAAUGUUCUCAACUCUUCCACUACUGCAGAGUUUUAUGUCAGCAGGACCAUAACACAGCUAUAUACAACUAUAGCAGCGUAAGUGAUUCAUAAAAUUAUAUGCGAUUGAAUACAGCUUCUUUAAGAUUUCAGUCCUCAGUGACAUGAAGUAAACUAAGAGUCUUUUGUUUUGGUAGCUGCGAUGCUUUUACUUUUGCAAUUUGAAAUAAAAGCUGCCGACGUAGCUGAUGUUAUGUUAUCGGCGUCUCAAAUAAAUAACAGUUUUGCAUUGAAGUUACAAAAAAAGCCUGGAGUCAAAGCAGAUUGAAAAUGAAACAUAUUUCUGGGGUGGAUUAAGGACGGCUGGUAAAAGGGUGAAGAGUGAUGGGAGGAAGCAAGAAAAGAGGUGAGGAUGCUGAAGAAGUGGCAGAUGGGGAGGCAGAUGUCAAUGAAAGGAUGGAUUGGUGGAAGGAUGACUGGGUGAAGGGAUGGAUAGUCUUACCUUCCUGUCAGAGGAAUGUGUGCCUGUGCGGAGUCUGGGCCAGACUGAGUCGGAACCCUCCGGGCGGGUAGAACUUAGCCCUGAUUGCAUUACUCCACCCAUCAGGGGCUAAUUGAAAAUGUGGGAGGGGAGUUGCAAGGGGGCAGGGAUUCUUUUUUAGGACCAUCUAUAAAUACAGCAGAGCUCCACAGAGAUAACCCCGAAGCCCCUUCUCUAUCAUCAUGCUGAACACUAGUGGGACCGAGUGGCCUUUUAAGGUCACCUCAGACUUGAAGACUUCCAAAGUUCCUUGUCAAAUCUGUCUUGCAUCGUCUUCAUUAAAGUUCUCAACCACACGGUCCCACAGCUCACAACAAACCAACUACUCACGUACACUACACUCACGUGUAGUACAUGGAA